AUGAAGGUUCCUGCAAGUGCUGGGAACUCGUGGCUGGUUUCUUGGGACGAGGUUUUUCUCUUCGAGAGCACGCUGGAGGAAGGAGAGACGGUGUGUGUUGCAGUGGAGCGAAGCGCUUUCACAGGCAGCGCUCUUCCUCUUCCUGUCCCUCCUGCAUCAACAGAACAGACUGACCCGUGCAUCCAAAUCCGGCCGUAUGUUGCACCGUCUGACGAUUCUGACACCACUGCCAUCCCAUUCUCGUGGGGAUCUGUUGACAAGCAUGCAUCAAAGGUCCUCAAGGACACCUCCAUUUCAAAGCAGGCGCUACCUCCCUUUUCAGACUUCCCUUUGCUGACCCUUGGGAAGACUGAAGAGUUGCUGUCCUGUCAGCGAUUAUCAACAGGCAGUGAGUACCGAGAAACCCGCUGGAUGCAGGUGGAGUCGAUUGGCACCCCUUUAAGCAAGCAGGCAAGCUUCACUCCAACUGUGGACUGGGAGAUUGUUGCAGAAGCGCCCAUAACGUUCUGCAACUUGUUGCCAGAGCCAAUCACCCUGUCCAUCUGGAGCUCUGAUCCUCCAUCCACUGAGGCUCUGCUGAAGGAAGAUGGUCUGGUGUUGGAACCGGGAGCCAAAAAGGGCAUCUCAUCUGUGCAUCCAAAGGGCUGUCUUCUUGUGUGUCUGAAGAUUCGUGAUUCAUGGGUUCCACGAGAUGAAUUGGAGAACUUCUUUGCACCGGAGUCUGCUGGUGCUGACGGAGGGGCAGUGGCUGCUGUCCAGGUCGACCCAAUGAUUCGCAUAGACCACCUAGUCGUCUCGGGUGCUCACCUCAAGCUCACGCUUGAAGCUGCCCCUACAUCCCGGCCUGCACAGCUCCUUGGCUCGUGGAGUAGUCUUGUCACUGCAGCAGGGAACACCAAGCGCAUGCCAGUCCGGCUGUCAGGGGCAACAGCCGAGUCAAGACGACUGCGCAGGAGCAUCUUCAUGGAGGCAGUGGUCCGGCAUGUGCUGCGGGAUCUCUUGCACCAGUCACUGCGCCUGCUGUCCGGUGUGGAUGUGCUGGGGGUCAUCAGCUCCACACUCACUGCUCUCGGACAUGGAGCUUCGAGGCUUGUACAUAAAGAGGACACGAGCAACAGGCACUUCCAGCAGGCUCUUGGCAACCAGCUCGAUAACGUUGGAGAGGGCCUUCUUUAUGGAGCUGAGGCGAUGGCCAAAGGAGUGGCUUUAGGGGUGGCUGAUGUCCUCGUUCGUUCUCGCUCCGGCUAUGAGACCCAUGGUCCACCAGGCCUGCUCCUUGGGCUCAGCAACGGCUUGGCAGGGCUUGUGGUGCAUCCAGUGACGGGCUGUCUGCACUCUCUGGCGUUCUUUGUCGCUGGCGUGGAUGCGUCUACUGCUUCUUGCGCUCGCAUGGUGCAGCGCAAGCCUCAGCUGCAGCGGCUGCGUCUGCCAAGGGCGAUCUCUGCUGAUGGGGUUGUUCAGGAGUACAGCAAGGACAGCGCAGUUGGCCAGAUGGUGUUGUUCCUGGCUGAAGCGGGCUCAUACUUUGGCAAGCAUGACAUAUUCAGGGACCACUCCAAGUUCGCCCUAUCAGAUGCCUACGUGAAUCAUAUUCUUCUGCCCAACUGCCGCAUCCUACUGAUCACCAGUUGCAGGGUCAUGAUGCUCAAGUGCCCUGUGGAUCCAGCCGGCCAACCCGACUCACUGGCACUGGUGCAAGGUCCAUCCCUGGUGAGGUGGGAUGUACCUUGGGACAACCUGCUUGCGUUGGAGAUCAAGUGCAUUCCUAGUUUCCCCCGGCCAGUGGUCUGUGUGCACAUGCGAGAGCCUACACCUCAACGCCUCUACACCAUCAUCCGCUGUCCAGAGUCAUAUCCUGCUGAGCACGUGCUGGCGGAAGUUGCUUCAGCAUUUGAUACCUAUGGUCCCAAACAAGUCAAUUUCGAAGCAGCACAGGUCCCAAAUGACAUUCCUCACCACUCGUUCCUGUCCACUGCCAGCAGCCGGUCUUCUCUCUCUCUCACCACUUCAUCAGCCCGGCCCAUCCAACCAACACAGUCCAGGAGGUUCGGUCGCCAGCACAGUGUCCGGACCUCAGAGGCGGCACUGGCAAUUGGCCGGCGGGCACUGUCCUCUAGCGAAUCCAACCCGCUCAUCAUGACCCGUCCACUAGCAUUGUCGUCCACGACUUCUCAGUCACUCCCAUCGCAUGUCGAGACCGAUACAUUCAUUCGUGCAUGGGUGGUUGAGGAUGGACCAACUUUCUGCCUCUCUUCUUGCCAGAGAGAUGCUGCUGAAGCUGGGCAUUUUGCGAUUUGGAAGCCAGUGCCUCCAGAAGGGUACGUCUCCCUGGGGGAUGUGGCAUGGCGAGGGCUGACUCCCCCUCCAGCUGUGCGGGUGCACUCCAUCACUCCAGCUUCACUGGCUGCUGGUUCCGCCAAAACAUUUGCCACGCCAAAGGACUACUUUCUCGUGAGUGGCUUGAGAUAA